AUAAUCGAAAGUUCAAGCUUACUUUUUAUAAAAUUGCUCUAACAGUCUGCAAAAAAUAAUAAGCCGGAUCCAAUUAGAAGAUUAAGGAACAACACAAUUUGUAGCAGUAACUGAAAAAGAUAAUUAGAUACUUUUAGCCUAGCUUAUACUGUACGUUAUACAUUAACGCAUUAUGCGUUUACGCAUGCACAGAAAGUUUGUAACUUUGAGGUCUGGAUUAUGGACGUCCGGAUUAAAGACUUUGUACUGUAUUGGGUUCAAAGCAUUCAAAUAGCGUAGUAGAACUUUGUUGCUUUCAAAAAGUUAAAAAUGUUAAAAUGUGGUUUUUUAUCAACUGAAUGUUUUGCUGAAAUCUCACAAGUAUUAAAAUAAAAAUUUUGAAAGCGAUUAAAAUUUGGACAAUCAAUUAAAAUGUGUUUAACGGUUAAAAUAGUGCUGCAUUCAGCAUAUAACUGGUUCGCCCAUCAACAGGUAUUUGUAUGUUAGCCUUGUGUGACUGAUUCUCAAUCAGGUCAGAAGGACCUGCUCCUUUCAGUUUAGAGAACAUUUUCAAUGUUCUAUUGUAGGUUUUAUAUUUUGUAAUUUAUUGUUUAUAACUGCAAUAUCCCAAAGCUUUUGCCAUUUCAUCAGAAUUUUCCUCCAAUGAGAGUGUUAAUAUCUGAAUAGGGAACGGUUUGGUUCAAUGUCCCACAGGCACAUUUUGCAGUGAUAUCUGCCAGUUUGUUUCCUUUUGGCUUGGUAUCCAGCAAUAAAGGAUCCAAUAACCUUUGGCCUUGAAACUAACAUUGAGCUUUAGCACUUCUACAAUUAAUAGAUUUGUGUUAUUCACAUAUGAUUCGAGAGCUUUUAGCUCCAUAAAUGAGUCUGUAAAUAAUGAAAUUUUUCCUAUGUUGUUUAUUUAUGAAAGAUAGAGCUAAUAGCAAAGCAACGAUGUAUGCAGUAAAGAUAGUACAAGCGAGAUGAAGUUUUCUUCAUUCAGUAUUAUUCUUGGACAUGAAGACAGAGCUGACGUGAUCCUGGGACUUUGAUCCGUCUGUAUGCACUGCAACAUAGUCUUUAUAAGCCUGUCUAUGUUCAUAGAAAAUCUGCUCUUACACAACAUGACUGGUGCUAGCUUUAGCUAAGCUGGAAAAUAUGUUGAGAAGCUCAAUGUGAGCAUCUUUCCAAGGAGGAUUUCCAAAUAUUUUACUGCUUGAACUUUCACCUCUUAGAAGCCAUGUUCUUGCAUCCACUGUUGAAUGCAUAAUCCCAAAGCAGGAAUACAAGAAAGAUGCACUUGGUAGAGCAAAUAAAACUGGCUACUAAGCACUGAGUGAUUGGCUGGAUGAUCAGGAUGCGAAAAAGUUUUUGAAAUAAUAGUGAAGAGACAACUACUCAUGUCUCAGCUGAAGGGGUGGCUCGAAACAUUCUAUAUACAAACUCUGAACAGGAGAUGUUUUGAAAGCUGCUGAACAAAUUCUCAGGGCUUGGUGAGAAACAGCAUCAAGCUUCUUAACAACAGAAGGUCGUGCCAAUCCAUAGCCAACUGAUCCGUAAUCGAGUUUGAAGUGAAUAAGAGCUCUGUAAAUUCAGAGCAUGGAAGUUUUAUCUGCUCCCCAGGAGGUAUUUGAUAAUACUUUCAAAAUGUUUAAUACUUUUAAACACUUUUUCUUUAGGUAUGAUACAUGAGAAAGGUGAGUUUCUUAUCAAAUGUUACUCCUAGAAAUUUAACUUCUACGACUACUGGAACUACUGAGCCUUCUAGGAAGACUUCUGGAUCCAGAUGAAGAUUUCUUUUAUGGCAGAAAUGGACACAAACUGUCUUUUGAUUAAAGAACAUGAAUUCGUUUUUAUUUGACCACAUUACAGAGUUACAGAUAGAUAGUUACAGCUCAAGUGCUAUCAAUAGGUAUCCACAAUGUGAACAAUAAAUUAGUACUGCUGAUAGUUAAAUUACAGGUAUAACUGAGUUAUAUAAUCAGCUGAAUAGUGCAAUAAUUAUGAAUAUGAACUAUUAGCAGAGUGACUGAUAAAAAAGUAAAAAUAAUACAUUAAAUAAGGCAAAAUACAUAAUUCAAGAAAAUAAGUAUAAACACAAAAGAACAGAAAAGGCUAACUUAAAAGCAAUUAACUACAAGUAUGGAGUAUACGGGGGCUGAAAAGUGACUUGGUGAACUGUGAAUUUUAUAACAGCUUCCUUGAAAGUUUUGCUUCAUUUGCAUAAAUUGCCUAAAGAUGGACAGUUAGAGUUUGUGUUGAAUGCCAAUUUUUACAUCUUCUAAUAGUUUUUAUUCAUUUAACUAAUUUUGUUAGAGGCGGGAAGCUUGAAAUAAAAUCCUUAAUAUAUAUUUUCGACUAGAGCACACUGUACUAAUCAUCCAGAUUUUUAGACUAGCAUAAGCCUUUAGAAAGAACUACAAAUGAGCCUUUAGAAUUAUAUAACAGCAAGCUUGAAGCCACCUUUUGAGAAUAUUUACAAUUUAAUUGGGGAAAACUGAGAAAUUACUACGUUUCUCUUUGCAUGUGCCAUUAUUGUGUAGUGAUUACCAUAUCCAACUGGUAGUUGCAAAAUCUCUAGUUCACUCCUGCUGAAAGCAUAGUUAAUUUUUUUUUAAAGUUUGUGCCUAUUUAUGUAAAUUCAAUAAAAUUUAUACUAAUUCCAUGGGGCUAGUUACAAAUUUAUUAAGUUGGACUGUUUUACCCAAUUUAAUUUUACAAAUGGUCAGGUGAGCUGCAUUUGUUUUGUAGUUCUUUUCUUUCUCCUUUUCUGUGGGAAAAACAAAUAUACUAUCUGGUUCAGGGAGUGUUUAGUUUUGGUCAAAAUUAUGCAUAAAAUUAUCAGAGUCAGUAGUUUUAUUUUAAAUUUGCAGAUUUUGAUCACUUCUUGUUAAAAAUCUAGAGAGAAUUUUUCUGUAACAUUGACGCAAAACAAAAAUUUUACGAAGUGGAUGUUUGAUUUACGAAGACUGCAUGAGAAACCUUUUUCAAAACUCUAGUAGUGGUUUCAGCAACAGAUAUACUCUAUUAGUAUAUCUGUUGCUGAAACUGUCCUCAUAGAAUUCUGUAUCUUAUUUAGAGAAAUUUGAUAACUGGUAGUAAGUUUAAGAUCAAUAUUUAAGAGAAUAAAGUCUAGUUACCUUUCUCAAACACUAUGUACACAGAAACACGAAUAAAAAUUACUUUUACUACGCUUGCUUGUAAUUUCACUAAAUAUUGUAUUGAUUACUAAAUUUUCGUCUGCAUUAUUCCCUCUUAGCUGUAACAAUAGAACUUUUACACCUUCUGUUAAUAAAUUUUAUAAAUGUUUUAAAUAUAUUUAUUUUUAAUGUAUAAUGGAUAUAAGAUUUCAAGCUAUAUCAAAUAAAUGGUAUUGUGGUAAAAAUACAAGGGCAGACCAGUGUGUAAUAAUACUUUUAUUCAGAUACUUUAUGGGUUAUUUUUGACAGUUAAAGGUAUAAAUUUUUAUAUUAUUGUUAAGCAGCAGUAUAUAUAACAAUAUAAUAAACUUCUUUGGAGCUUUUUUUUUCCUUGCAAAGUUUUCAUAUAAUUACACCACACACAUUUUUAUGAGCAGUAUAUGUAAAAAAAAUUUCUCUUGAGGGAGAGAUUUCAAAUUUCAUUAUUUUUGUGUAAAUGUAAUAAAGUCAUUUUAUAAUAAAAUAUCUAACCGAAUAUUAUUUUCCUACACCAUUUUUAUUAGUCAUAGUUAAAUUAAAUGAAGUUGUUGUAUCCCAUUCAUUAAAAAAAAAAAUCUAUUAACUUACAACUGUAGUUUGCAGCAUUUUAGAUGUAUAGGUUUAAUGCAGUUAAAUGUUAUAUACAGAUAGGCCUUGUAUGCUUAACCAUAAUCCAGUAUGUGUUAUUUCAUUUUGUAAAUGUAUGUUUUUAUUGCUUGUUGUUUUAUACGUGCUAUAAAAUGUUAAGUUUUAAGCAUGCAUUAUUUCAUACACAUUGCAGAAACAGGUGAUAUGAUACUCCAGAAAGAGCAUAUGUGCCAUGAAUCGAUUUUUGAGUGCUUGCAUAUUAUCCUGUUGACCAUGAAAGUUGGCAGAGAUUCUGCCAAAAAUGCAUCAAUCAUUGUGUGGAAUUCAGGAGGAUAUGAUGUCUCUUUAUUUAAUAAAGAAUCAAUAUUCAACCCACUUCGUGUUUACACUUCGUAAAAAGGGCUUUCAUCAGUUUCUAUUAUUUUGUUAGACCCUUCAGUUUUAUCAGAAGGUCUGUUUAAAAUGCUGUAAAUACAAACUUCAUACAGAUCAUUGCUUCAGUCUAUAAGUGUUUUGUCGGCCAUAUUCAUAUUCAGCUGACCAUAUUGUGCCUAGUACUACAUAUGUUUUUUUUGAUGGUAGGAUACCAUAAUUUUGAAAAUAAUUCAUUGCUUGCUGCUCUGUAGACGGCAGAUCCCAAAUUUUAAUCAUUUGUUUUUCAUGUACCAAGAAAAAAAAAAAAAAAAAUACAGCAAUAACAGUUAAUUUACAUUCUUGUUCAUAAAAAGUACAGAGAAUUUAUUAGGAUUACAUCAAACGAAUAUAGAGAUGUUAUAAUAUUGGUUCACGAUCUGUAACUGAUUCAAAAUUGUGCUGCUUGGCAGUAGUUUCACAGGUGACUAGAUAAUAUGUAAAUACAAAUUUUUGUUCCGAUUAGUUGAGUUUUUUGUAAAAAACAUCAUUAUUUGUGAUAAUAUAGAAGCAUCUUGCAUGUUCUGUCAACUUUGAAACCUGCCUGUUAAAUCUCUCGAAUGGUUUUGAGUAUAGCAUUUCUCUGUUUUAUCAUAAUGAGUGAACCCUGAAGAACAAAGUUUGUGUGGAAUAGAAUGCUGUGCAUACUGAUGUCGUUUUGUUGGUGUAGCAGGGAAGGAGAAAGAAUAAGGUUUUUAUUAAUUUAAACUCAGCCUUUCCCUUGAAACAUGGUAGCCAUCAAUCAACCAAUGAAUAUUGGAAUUUUGCACGGCCAGAAAUGUAGAUAUAAAAUAGCCUUUUUAAAAUUGAUGCAACUCUAAGUCCAUCCUAGAUUUCUUGAGAUAUUUUAAUAUGAAACCUGCUGUAGGAUACCAAGGACUAUAUGCAGGUAUUUUUAAAAUGCUUCCAUAGGCAUAGGGACACAAGUCUAUGAUAACUGAAUACGCAAUUUUUUGAAAACAUGUCUGUUUAAAGAGAAAGUAUUAACACAUAAAACUAAAUUGUGUGAACAACGUAUGCCAAAGAAAUAUUUUUAAUGAAACAAAGCAAUUGCUAGCAUUGGGUUUUUUUAUUGUAAAUUUUGGUUUCUUUAAAAUUAUAAAUGCUUUAUUAUUUCACAAAAACGUUUCAUUUUUAAAAUUUUAUAAUUUUUACAUGUAAUUUUACUAAACUUAAAUUGAUUUAAAAUGCGAAGUCGCUGAAGUCCCAACCAUUCUGGAUUUUACACUUUGUUCUGUAAUAUAAAUAUCUUCCAAUAUGUAAAAAUUCGUUCGGAAAAAUUUCUCACUAAGCAGAUAACUGCUUUAUGUUUUACUCUAUUAAAUUAUUUAUCUACUUUCUUUAAAAUUCGUAACUUUUUAUUAGAGUUUUUAAUUGCUUUUUGGAGGGUAUUUUAAAUGGCUGUAUAUGUAAAAAAAUCACUUGCAUUAUGUUGUAACAUUAUUAUCAAACUGUUUGUUUUUCAGAUGGAUUUCUCAGAAAUACUUUAUCGUCAAAUAUGCCUUUGAUCACUGAAUCAUCUUUUGAAGUUGAUUCGCCAGUAACUGAAAAUUGUCAUCUGCAGAGUGCAUACUAUAAAAAUAAUUUAGAAGUAGCAUCCUUUCUCUCACAGCCUUUACAUGAGCAAAAAGCUGAAUCUUUUGGCAUAUUUAAUUCAAAGGAUUUUGUUUGCAAGUUCUGUGGCAAAAGCUUCAAAAGAAAUGCUUAUUUACGUAAUCAUCUUCGUAUACAUACUGGAGAAAAGCCCUUUCAUUGUCGAUUUUGUCCAAAAGCUUUUGCCUCUCAACCAAAUCUUAUAAGGCAUCUUUAUAUUCAUACUGGGGAAAAACCAUAUAGUUGUCAGUUGUGCUGUAAAAAAUUUAUCAGGCGUGAUCAACUUGCUAUCCAUUCAUGUAAUCCAAGCACAGAUAAGAAAAGGAAGAAACCAACAGCUACUGGUGUUAGCUUAGGAAAACCUGAAGGCAUUAGAAGGAUUUGUGAUGAUAAUUAUGUAUCUCCUGAUGCACAUCCUGUUGAUGUUAAUAUUACUGAUUAUUGCGGGAAAGUGUUUUCUACAAAUGACAUUUUAAAACAGCAUCAUUUACAGCAUUCUGGUAUGCAGCACCAACAAAUAAAGGUUAUUCCCUUCACUUGUGAGCACUGUGGAAAAAAUUUCAAUAGAAGAGGUAACUUAAACACACAUUUACGUGUUCAUACUGGACUUAGGCCUUUUCAGUGCCAACUAUGCGGCAAAACAUUUUCCAUGAAGCAUCAUUUAAAUGAUCAUAAACGAACUCAUACAAAAGAAAGACCUUUCAAAUGCAAUUAUUGUAUGGCAGCUUUUGCAACUAAAUCUAGAUUAAAAUCUCAUGUAUGUGCUAGACAUGGAUGCAAGGGAAUGUAUCCAGAACUUGAUGCAGUGCUUUCAGAAAGCAGUGUCAGUUUCUUUGGAAAACAGCAAUUCAUCAUGAAAACAACUGGAAAUAAUUUCACCUGCAAGUAUUGUGGAAAGGUUUUUAGCUACAAAAGUCAUUUCAGAAUCCACCAGUAUGUUCACACUGGGGAAAAACCAUUUGCUUGUGAUACAUGUGGAAAAAAAUUUAGCCAAAAGAGCAAUCUGAAUGUUCAUCUCCGUAUUCACUGUAGAUAUUAAUUAUUUUAUUGGAAUUAUAUAUAUAUAAACUAUGUAACUAUUUUAUCCAUAUGACAUUUAUUUUCAUUAUGUUUUUAGUCUAAUAUAUUGUUCAAUAAACAUUCUUCCAUGUUUAAAACACAGAAUGUGUGCUUCUACCAGUUGUAUCACAUGAGGAAAUUUUGCUUUGAAAAAGUCUCUCUUUCUUCACAUUAAGAAUAAAAUAAAGCAAGCAUAUUGAUAAUGACUUAUUUUGCUGUGAAACUGCUAGGGUUAUUGUACGUAUUAGAAUUGAUCGAGUUGCAGAGUAUAUUUUAACUUGGGAAGAAGCAAGUCCUGUACUAGAUUAUUAGGAAGAAAUAUUCAAGUUGAGUAAUGUGCUGUUAUAGUAAACUUAUUUGGAAAAUACAGCAGUGAUAUUUUACUUUUUAAUAUUCUAAUUUAAUCUCCAUUUUUAGCAUUUUAAUUUUAGUGAUAUGGUGGUAUUGUAUAAUUAUUUGAAGGUGAAAUAUUUGUGAUCUUAUUCUUUUAUCAUUGACCAUAUGUUGUUUUACCCAAUUUGUUCUUUUUGUAGUUUUUAUAAUAUUGUUGUUGACCUUUUAAUUACUUUAAAAAACUAUGAUUACAUAGCACAGUCCUUUCCCAACCUAAGUACCAUGAAAAUUUUAACCUCAGAUUCCUGAUUACGAAGCCGCCUUCUUUGGAAGGUUAGGCUGCUGAAUGGUUCCUUUGUACUCUGUUGUUCUUUUGUUAUGCACUUAUGAAGGCAUCGUUCUAGGACAUCACAGGCAGUCUCUUUCUAUCAUUUCCACCUCUGCAUUUUGCCUGUAUGACACAGAAAAUCAUUAUGCUGCUUCAGUUCCAACUUGGCUGUUGUGAGAGUACUAGGUCGAUUGUUUCACAACAUGCUAUUUAAAUGCUUUCAGGUGAAUGUACAGUGUUGCUAAGUUGUCUGUGUAAAAUAUUUCAGCAGAAAUGACCUAAUUGUGUCUUUUUUUGAAUUUGUGUUUUAACAAGUGUGAUUGUUUGUAUAACAUAAGUCAGAUUGUUAUUAUUUGCAAACAAAGACUUUAUUUCCUGUUACCCUACAAGAAAGAAGUACCUUCACGUGAUGAAAUAAACAAUGGUGAAUCAUUUUUCCUUAUAAUUAACCAUUUUUUUUGUAUGCAAUCAAAAAAUAUUUGAGAUAUUUUGACAAUGGGCACCGCAUGUGUAAUUUGUAUAGCUUGAACGUAGUAAUUAUAAACAUUUCUGUCAACAGAAUGCCUGUUGAGGAAGAAACUAAAAUCUUUCCUAAUAUGAUUUUGUAAAUUUUUGUAUUUCAGAUGCCCAAGUUAUGAUGCUUAUUUUGUAUCUUCUAUUAUAAAACAAUUUUUUUUUAGUUUUAUGUGGUUUACAUAUCAGUGGUGCCAAGAAAAUUGCAUUAACAUCUUUCUACCAAACCUCAUUCAUACAUAGAUACGGAUUUUAACUAUUUCAAACAUCUGCAAACUCAAAUUCAGAUGCAAAGUUCAGUAUUGUUCUAGUUUGCAAUCUACUGCUUUUAUUUACUUAUUUAUUUUUUGGAUGAUACCACUAAAAUUAGUUGUUGGUUUAAUCAUUUCUUUUCCCUGCCAUUUUAUUGUAUGUUUGAAUAUGAAUAUUUAUUGCAUAUUCAAUUUAGUUACAAUCAUCAAACCUUAAACCACCAAAAGAAAGUUUAUCAAUCCUACAGAUGAUACUAAUUUGAAUUAAUGGAAUCAAUUUAAUUUAUUCUUAAUUAUUUGUAUUUAUUUUCAUAUUUAAAAAUAGUAUUUUAAUGGUACCAUCUAAAAAAUAACUAACCAAAACAAUAGAUUUCAUACUGCAUCAUUAUCCUAAGUUCUUUCAUGAAAUCAGACACAACAGUAUCAAAUCAAGCUGUAGGAGUAAGUUUCAAGUCAUUUUUCUUUUAUUAGCUUGUGUGGAAAUUGUCAAAAUUAUCCCUUGGAAUUGAUGAAGUAAAGGUUUUUGGAAAAGGUGCCACUUUCAAAUAAUAUGAUCAGCGGGUACAUUGAAAGCAUGUUGGUUAGCAUAGAAAUAUCCAAGAAAUUUGUGAAGUUGAAAAAUGUUCUGUACAGGUUGAUGAAUCAACAGCUGUUAGCAAUUAUUGUAACCUAAUUGUACUUGUUCUCAUUCCCAAUGAAAAAGAGUAUUAUUUAUUCUGCAAAGAAUUUCAGAGACAGAAAGUGGGAAAGAAAUCUUUAAAGUGAUCAAUGAGUAUUUUGAUAUGAAAUCUGAUUAACUGAAUUCUAGGUUACUGCAAAAAAGGGGUUUCCAUUCAUCAGUGAAAGUGUAAUUAUUUUUUUACCAUUUGUUACAACAUACGUGUUUGAGCACAGUUUUAUUUCUGUGUUUACUCUGGAGAAUUUAAAGAGAUAAUCAUUGAAAAGUUGUGAUCAUAAAUUGCAUAUAAUGCUUUUGAUCAUGGAGCCAGAUGUAGAAAAGCUGUAUUCAGAGAAACUAGUAUGUCACCGAGAUAAGAAAGUAAUAAUAUAUUAAUUAUGGCAAAAGAGUAUACUAGCAAUAUAACAAAUAUUUAAAAUGUUUAUUUUUUCAUUCAGUUUUUAUUUGCUAAUUUAUACUACAUAUAGUCAGUAAUUCUUUUGUGUGUAAUUAAUUUUAAUUUUCUAUUUUCAUAUCAUAAUUAUAUAAAAUAAGUAUUAUAAAAAAUUAAUCACAGUUUUAGUCAGUCAAAUCUGACCUAGACCUUCACUGGGGAUGUAUAAAUUAGGUAUUUUCAUUCUACUUGUUUCAUAUUUAUGAUUGCAUAAGAAGACUUAUUCGAAAGGAAUGUCCAGAUGGUAUGUUUCAUUGUUAUAAUGAGAAAUAUUUGAGAGGAUCUUACUUUGAGUCCUAGUAUAAAUUAGAAGAAAUUUAUCAUGUUGAUAGAAAAACGAAUGACAUAGCAUGUCAUGAACAUUAUUCUUCUAAUGUGUGCCGGGAUAUUAUUUAUGCUUGUAUGGUGUGCUUUGACAUGAAAAAAAGUUGGAAAGCACUGAUGCAGAUUUUAGUUUCUUUUUCUAAUAUGUAUAUUUUAUAAAUUAUCUGAGAUGAUUUUAAAAACACAAAAGAUUAAGAAAUAGCAAAAAUAAUAUUAAUGACUAUGUACUAAUGUUAGAUGACUUUUUAAUUUGAUUAUUACAAAGUUCUUUCCUUUUAAUAAGUAUAAAAUUAAUUAUUAAUUAAGUAUAAAAUUUUAAAAGAAAUAUAUUACUAACCAUAAUGAAAUCUAGGAAAUUAAAUAACUGUGAAAAUCAAGGUUUUUUCCCCUAAAUAUAGUAUUUAUACAGAGACCUGGAGGGACAUCUAUAAAAUGCACAGUAUCAAAGAAGACGAAAAGUUUUAAAAUUUAGUUUUCCUGUUGCUUUUAUUGGAAUGAUUCAGGAUUGUUUCAAUACAGUCUACCUGGUAAUAUCUGUUAUUGAUGUUCAAGUUUUACAUAUUGUUCUUAGCCAGUGAUGACUAUUUAAGAAGUCAUAAUCUUUGAAAUCAGUGCCCAUGCUAAUUUCAUGAAUAGUAUGAGCAUCCAUAAUACUGCAGUUUGAAUUUGAAGAAAGUUCAUUGUGUUUACACCUGCAUGCAUCUGUCAUUAUGGGUUAAGCAAAGGAGAAGAUCUUUAAAUGGUAUUUAAUCUUUGUUUCUACAAUUUUAUGUAGAAAGUCUGCUUCUCUGUUUCUUUUGAAAAUAUGGUAUCCCAAAAGACAUAAUAGACAAGCAAGGACAUAGGACUGUAAUUGUUACAGCUGAUCAACAAGUUAUAAAAUGAUUUCGUAGCUUUCUUCAUGCUUUAUAAUGAAUGAUUUCUUGUGUAUGGAGAUCUGUUCUUGUUGCUCCAAUACUGUCCAAAUUUAAAUUUUAAAAUACUGUAUUAGUAUAUUUAAUUUGAAAUAUUUUAUGUAUCACAAGAACUCUUAUGAACACGUACUAAACUGUGGCAUUAAAAGUAAAUUAAUUUUAAAAAAUCUUAAAACAAAAACUGUAUCUCUAAGGUGGGUAGGGAAAUGAAUGAAAGGCAGCUAGUCUUUUGUAGUUUUAUUAUAGUUUGCAUGUUUUCUUUAAACCCGUCUGGAAUUAUAAUAUAUAUACAUAAUAUCAGUUCCUUUUCAAAUGUAGUUUGCUAAAUAAGUGCCAUAUUACCGUAUAUUUCCAAAUAUAAGCCGAAAGUGCUUUUUUCUUCAAAAAUAUACCCUAAAUACAAAACCCGUAUAUAAGCGGAAAGGAGGGGAUGGGAGAAAAUGUAUGAAGAUGUUGCCAUGAGAGUGAAAUGUUAAUGUUGCCAACUAGGUAAAACGAGUGGAAUAUUUUGCACUAUUUGCACAUGCUCUGGCGGUGACCCUGUGGUAACCCUGCUUGAAGCUCACACAUUUAUUCUAUUCAUUAUCUUGUAUACAGUCUGUAGUAUAUGUACUAGUCUUAUUCUCCUUGAAAGUGAGCUGGGAAAUAUAGUAGAGUUCCGCAAACUUGGCAUUAUGUGGGCUGAGAGACUGGGGAGCUUAAGAAAAGUCGAGUUUUGCAGAAUAAGGGGUAGGUUUUUCGGAGCCCUUUAAUAUUUAACCCUUUGACAUCCAACACCUAAAUCCAUUGUAAUUUUGUUUACACUUUUCUCUUUCUCCAUUCUCUUUAAAGCAUCUAGUUUCAUUUCCAUUGAUUGUCACAUUAGUUUGUUUUCUUUUGAAUGACAUUUUCACUUCACAGAAUAUCAAAAGUUCCCCAAAAUAUGUAACAUUUAUACACCUCGAUGUGAACUGAGGAAUGAUACUCGCAAUGAACUGGUGUGAGAUUAGUUUGUAGUAAGAUGCAGUCACAAAACUUCAGACAAGUCUCCUAACAUUUUGCAACCAUAGAAAGGAAUGUGAGCCAGCCGCUAUCUGACUUUCUUUUCAUCGUCAAAAGAAGGAAAAAGCAUUGCCAAGUAUAACAACAUAUCUUGAAAUUUGUUAGGCAGUUCCAAGAGUUAAUGGUACAAUGCAAAAAUGGCAAAAAUUACAGAAAAAGAACACAGAAAUCAUGUGCAAUAUUUGCUCUGUUUGGGGGCUAGAGUUAUUUAAAAAAGUUCCUGAAAAGUUGUUGAGUUUGCGGAACUCUAUCGUAAUUUUUUAUAGGGCAAAUUUCAAAUGAUAGAUGAUUGAAUUUGCUAAAAAUUCUAACAAGAGUAUGGCUGCUUGGCAUUUCUAUGUGAAUAAAAAACAAGUUUGAGUGUGAUGAAAGACGGACGCAAAUUUCGCUAACAGACAUUUCAUUUUGUCAAUAAACCAGCAUUAUAAACAAUUUCGAAAAUAAAACAGCUGAUUUUCAUAAAACGAAUAACUAAUUUCAUAAAAAGUAAUUUCUUUAUAAAUUUAAUAUAAACUAAAAUAAUAAAAAAGUGUGAUAUUUAGUGAUUAAUCGCUUGUGCCUAGUUAAUGGAAAAGUACUUACAUUUUUUGCAAAAAUUAGUGGAUCCAUGUAUAAGCUGACCCCCCUCCCCCAACUUUAGAAAGGUUCUAGAAUUUUUCGGAUAUACACACGAAAAUAUGGUAUUUGUAUUUUUGGUUUCUUGGUUAAAUAUAUAUUUAUUGUAAAAUGCAAAUAAUUCACUUUUAUCUGCAUUCUUUGUAUUUUUAACUGGAGUAUUUUCUUAUGCAGUGUUUAUGUGUUGCUGCUUCCUAAUCUUGCACGAAUAAUUCUGAAGAUAAAAAUGAAAAUUUUCAGUAGAUUAUA